CAAACACUCCUGUGUCUCCGACCCCCAUUCCUCCCAUCAUCUUCUGCCUGCCUACCUACUGUGAUCAAUUCGUUGUGCCUCAUCAGGCAUCCUGAGCUCCCGAAUUAGCACCCUCCUGCUUGAUCAACGUAACGUUUAGUCCUAGGGUCUUCUCCCCAGCGUCCUAGCCGCAGCCCUGCCAGUCUGGAAAACCGAGCUUUGCUCCAGGUACGAAGCAAAGUGCUGUAAUACCUCGAUACCUACCAAUUAGCCUCUCAGCUCUGUUUUUAUUUGCGUAGCCCGUUGAAUCAAAAGGACGGAACACCUUGACGGUCUCGAUCCGUAUACUAGCCAACUUCAUUCCUCCCUUUCCUCCUUAUCUGGCAGGUGGCCGGAAAGCAAUGGCGAUGCCCCAGGAAGGCGAUCAGUCGUUCCAGGAGGAACAGCCUUUCCUUGACGCUCAGUUCGACAUCUUCGACUGGCACCCUUACUUCCAAUCCUGCCUCCGCUACUUCCUGGAACAUGCACAGUACAACGGCCCCGUGCAGGCCCUGGCAGCAUUCAUUAAUAUCCAACUACCCUUCCAAAAGGCAGCAGUCGCCCAUACCAACCAAUUCCGCCUCUCCCGCUCCGGCUCCUCGCCUUCUCUCGCCCAGGCCCCGGGAUUCCUCCCCACGCCACCAGCAGCUGCCGCCCCUUUUCACCACAGCCCCGGCUCGGCGCGGCUGCCAGGACCGGUACCAGUAGCCGACACCACCGUCUUGCAGCCGUACAUUCGCCGGCUGGUAGCGACGGGCUUUGAUAUUCCUGCUGUACUGCACGGCUUCUUUGGGGAUGACUGGCGCGCGGGCAUCGGACCGGUGCACGAGCAGGAACGGCGGAAUUUCCUGUUUGCGGCCAAGAGCGGCAGCUGGCUCGACGUCAAGCGCGCCUACGAUAUGGGACAAGCCGAGGCGGUCCCCUUUCUGAAGCCGCUGCGCAAUGUCACCGAGGCGGAGAUUGUGGCUGCAGAGUCGGCGUGGAGUGAAUGGCUUGCGAUGCAGGAUUGGAUGCUCGGGCCAAGGGCACCAGAGGCGCGAACGCAGCCCGUUGGGCCCGGGGCUGCGUCUAUGGCUCCUGGCUUUGGGAGGGCAAGGGGAAGAGUGCAUGUUAAGCAGGAGGAGGACUGAGGCCAUGGCAUGUCCUCAUUGGGUCUACUGCGACAAGUGAGAACUGGACGGCGCUGGUUUGUACUAUACUCUGUGUUUUCAUUCUCGCGUUAGGUAGAGGGUUUUACCGGUUGGUGGGCGGGCGGGUUGCUGUAUGACUAAGGAGGCUUGAGGUUGGCUAGUUCCAGUCUCCGUGCUGUUUUCGAGGUGAGUACAAAGGGUCGAGACUGAGAAGAUACAUGGUGUCGUCCGUUGGGGUCUUCGAGGGGUUUGAGAUCGGCACAUGCACAAGAAGACGUUCUGCAAUGGGAGUUGGGCUACGGUUGAUCAGUCUACACGCAACCAGGAGUUGAGGUGAAGUACCAAGGAACUGGUUGGAUUAAUGAACUGCUGAUGAGAACGGAUACAGUACGGAGGUCUUUGUCUGUAUUGUACCUCAGUGUACAAUACAGGGGCGUAUGUACCUUAAAUAUCAAAUGUACUUACUUUGGUACAGUCAUAGU